CUCAAACAGAGAGAAACCCAAAGAUUCAGCAAGUAGUUGUUGUUAUCAUCGGUGGGGAUAUAAAAUGUUGGGAAUUUUCAGCGGAGCUAUAGUAUCGUUGCCGGAAGAGCUGGUGGCCGCUGGCAGCAGAACUCCGUCGCCUAAGACAACCGGGGCGGCUCUAGUGAACAAGUUCGUCGAGAAAAACCCCUCUGCUGUAUCCGUACAAGUCGGCGACUAUGUGCAGCUUGCGUAUACUCACCACAAUGAGAGUCCUCUCCGGCCGAGGUCAUUUGGGGCUAAGGAUGAGAUAUUCUGCUUGUUCCAAGGCUCGCUUGAGAACCUAGGAAGCUUGAAGCAGCAAUAUGGGCUUGCAAUGAAUGCAAACGAGGUUCUCUUGGUCAUCGAGGCUUACAAGACUCUCCGUGACAGAGCUCCUUACCCGGCUAACCACGUUGUGUCACACCUAAGUGGAGAUUUCUCCUUUGUGGUCUUUGAUAAAUCAACCUCCACCCUGUUUGUAGCCUCUGACCAAGUUGGUAAGGUUCCAUUGUAUUGGGGGAUAACAGCUGAUGGAUAUGUGGCAUUUGCUGAUGAUCUUGAGUUGCUAAAAGGUGCUUGUGGCAAAUCACUUGCUUCUUUUCCUCAAGGCUGUUUCUACUUGACUGCGUUAGGUGGGCUUAGGAGCUUUGAGAACCCUAAGAAUAAGAUCACUGCCAUUCCUGCUAAAGAGGAAGAAAUUUGGGGAGCUACCUUCAAGGUGGAAGGAGAAACGGUGCUUGCAGAUUGAGAAUGAGAAAAUCAAGAUUCAUCUCUCUUAAUAUUGAAACUCUAACAGCAAAAAAAUAAUGAUGUAGAGAAAACAAGAAGCUGUUUUAUGAGUUCUUUGAAGCUAUCGAUGGUUGGUGAUGAUGUGUGUAGUGUUGUGACUCUCUUUUGUCUUCUGCUUCUUUGUACAGCCCGUGUCUGUCUCUUCUGGUGUUUUUAGUGUUUCGUCCCAAUAAAUUUACCUUCUCUUGAUGCUUGGAUCUCUUGUUCAGUACUUUUUUCUCAAGUAAAUCUCGCAAUUCUCAGUCUGUCUACACUCUCAAACAUGGAUAUGUAUGAAGUUAUACUGAGAUUGGCAGAGAAUGGAUCUAUAGUAUUGAGUUAUAGGUCUUUAUUUGAUAAUCACAACAGUCAUUGAGAAGACUAGCACAGUAGCACUGAGACAAAAGAGAACAGAAACAGGAACAGCUUUUGAAGUUUCUCACAGACAAUAAGAUGUGUAGUAAAAGGCAAGACCAACUCUAGUGUUCUACUUCUUCUGCAGACUAAGAUGCAGGGCAGAUAUCCUCCAAAAUGUAGAAAGAACCAAUUAACACCUAAACGAAAAGUUUUGGGAAUUCUCUGAUAGCAGAAGCUUCAGUAAUAAACAAAUCCAUACCUCUCCCCUAAACAUUCAAUAAUGUCGCUUGUGAGAGUUGGUCUCUUAUGUUUUGUAAAAGCCAGAGAUGCAG